AGGGACCGGGCAGGGCCGGUGCCGGCAGUGUCAUGGCGGCGCCGCUGCGGGACCGGCUGAGUUUCCUGAGCCGGCUGCCGGUGUUGCUGCGGGGCACGGCCGACGACGAUACCCCGUGCCCCGGGUACCUGUUCGAAGAGAUCGCCAAGAUCUCCCACGAGUCCCCCGGGAGCAGCCAGUGCCUGCUGGAGCAUCUGCUCACACGGCUGCAGAGCAGCUCCUGCCACGUCAAGUUGAAGGUGCUGAAGAUCCUGCUGCACACCUGCUCGCAGGGCUCGCCCCAGUUUGUGCUGCAGCUGAAGAGGAACGCCAGCUUCAUCCGGGAGGCUGCGGUGUUCUCCGGGCCCCCAGACCCCCUCCACGGCAACAGCUUGAACCAGAAGGUGCGGGCGGCCGCACAGGACCUGGCCAGCAUUCUGUUCUCGGAUGCCCCACUGCCACAGCCCCUGGCUCUGCCCGCCCGGCCCCCGGCCCCUGCCGGGAUGGGCUCCAGCCCCAGCCCCUGUGGCUCCCUGCAGGGAUUCGGCUUCAGCAGUGACAAGAGUGGCUCUGCUUCCACAGGAGAGGCCCUGCUGAGCAGCCUCCAGCGGGCAGCCGAGGCUGUGGCCCAGGCCGUGCUCCCGGCUCCGGGGGGACCCCGGCGACCCCGUGGGGACCUCCCCGAGGACACCUACGAGCCCGUCCGAGCUCCAUCCCCUGCCAGCAGCCCGGCCCCGCCGCCCCCGACCCCUCCUGCACCGCGCGCGUCCCGAGCAGGGUGGAUGCUGACAGCCCGGGUGACUGCCGGAGGGAGCUGAGCCUGGUGUCGGGACUGACACGCGGGGCCAGGGUCUUCCUCACCAGGGAGGAAGCUCAGCACUUCCUCA